AUGCAAGUCACUAAGCUCUCUAUUUUCGCCGCCGCCAUGGCUGGCUCCGUCAACGCCGCUAAGCGUGACAUUGACGCCUGCACCUCAGCUGCCAGCGGUCUCGUCGAUGUUAUGAGCGACAUGCCCACUGCCGACAAGACCCUCGAAAGCUUCCUCGCCAAGCAGACCGACGUCGCCGACAUCGCUGAGUCCUGCACUAUCCCAGCAGUCACUGGCUCCAUGGCCGCUGCUUAUACCUCUUACGCCAAGUCCAUGGUGAGCUGGGUUUCUGAGAUGAAGGAGGAUAUUUCCAGCGUCUAUGACGCUUGCAGUGAUGUCCCUGAGGUCAAUGAGCAGCUCUCUUCUUACGCCAUUCCUGUCAGCGGAUUCUGCUCUACCUUCGUUUGGGCUACUGCUUCUGCCACUGAGACUGGUACUGCCACUGCCAAGGCUACCAACUCUGGUGCCGAAGCGGCCACUGGCUCAGUCAGCGAGACUGCUGCAAGCACCGCCACCUCUACCAGCGCUGCUGAGAACUCUGGAGCUCGCGGUACUGGACUCGGAGUUGUUGCUGUUGCUGCCAUCGCAGGCCUUGCGGCUGCUGGUGCCUACUAG